AUCGUUAUCGGUCGCCGAGAAAUCUCUGACGCGCAGUGGUGCGUUCCCACUAAUAUCGGCACGUUCUUCGACGACAGUUCGUCGAAGAACUGGAGGACGCUACUCUACCACCGAUAGUCGAAGAGUUUUCCGGAAAAGUGCCGCGUUCGAGCUGUCGAAAUCUGUGUUUGCGGGUUGAGGUUGAUUUUUCAGCAGUUUUUUUUUGGAUUAACAAACCACUCGGUGAAGCUCCAGACCACAUCGCAAUGCUUAGUGUUUUAUGAUGACUAUAAAAAUAACUAAAAAGAACUCAAUUUUUUGCAAUCGAGACAUCGAAUAUGGAAGAAGAAGAAGAAGAUACCACCAUUCUAUCUAAAACUUCCUCUACCGCAACACUUACUCAACAGAGCCUAAGCAGAACUUCAACACAGACCUUUACAUCGGUUCAUCAAGAAAUCAAGCAACCGGAGAACUAUCCACAAUGUCAGAUUGUUAUGCACCAAGCCAGUGGGGAUUCCCAAGAAUCAGAUUCAAUGGAAUCAUCAAUUUCAGUUUCCAACAAAGUGUCACCUAAGUAUUCCAUCCUUUCAAAAUCUCCACAUAGCAGCUCGUCACAAGAAGAUUAUGAACCGGAAAUGAGAUCAAAUAGAGGGAGGUAUCUCUCUGCAACCAUAAAAACCGAAGCUGCGAGAAGUAUGGAGAGCCUAAGAGCACCACAUAGACCUUUUUUAUCGUCUAGUGAAAGAGAUAUGAGAAAAGUUUUUUCUGAAAGCGUUGAGACCAAAUCAUUAGAGAAUAUCGAUAAAGAAGUUAGGCUGAAGAGAUAUGCUGUCUCCGGGGAGGGUUCAUCCCUGCUGAUGGGUUCAGACGAGAUCAUUAGUGCAGAGAAACGACGUGGUCUAUGGAGUGGUAAAGCAAGAGUACCUCAACAUCUGAGUCUCCCCCCUCCUGCUGGCUAUCUCAACCUCAGUCCAGGAGAUAGGAAACUCACCAUCCUGAGCCCACAUUCGCCACACAGAUUGGGGGAUUUAUUUCACAUCUCGCAGACCACGCUGAAGACACGCAGGAAAAAAGCCAUGGUGCUUCCUAGGUUGGUAAUACCCAGAAGUGAUUCAGAUAUUAGUGAGAUGUAUUCCGAACAAGGCCUUGAGUAUCGUAUGUGCAUGUCAGCUGAAACAAGAUUCUCAAGGAGACAUAUAAGUUUUGACGUCGAAAAUGGAGCCAGCCCAGGCCGCUCACCUCUGGACGGGGUGGCCUCCCCCUCGGCCGGCCUCAUUCUGCAGAAUCUUCCGCAACGCAGGGAAAGCUUCCUCUACCGAUCGGACAGUGACUUCGAGAUGUCUCCAAAGUCCAUGUCCAGGAACUCGUCCAUAGCUAGCGAAAGAUUCAAGGAGACUGAAAACAUAUUGGAUAAAUCCCAUGGAGAGGAUCUCAUUGUCACGCCUUUCGCACAAAUUCUUGCCAGUUUACGUAGCGUACGCAACAAUUUUCAAUGUCUCACCAAUGUGCCCCCUAAUAAGUCUAGACGUUCAUCUGGAGCAGCCAUGUCGGCCCAACCGAAAGUUCCGAAUCUUGGCCCUGGAGAAGAUGCAUACAUGAAAAUGGCUAUGGAAACGAUGGAAGAACUGGAUUGGUGCUUAGAUCAACUCGAGACCAUCCAAACGCACAGAUCAGUUUCCGAUAUGGCAUCUCUCAAAUUCAAACGUAUGCUGAAUAAGGAGCUUUCACACUUCUCGGAGUCGAGCAAAUCUGGAAACCAGAUAUCCGAAUACAUAUGUUCCACCUUCCUCGACAAACAACAAGAACUUGAUAUUCCGUCUCUUCGGGUCGAUGAGCAGCAGGAGACGCCCCCCUCAAAGGGGACCGCUAGAAAAGACAAGCCAAGGGGCCCGAACACUAUGUCCCAGAUUUCCGGCAUCAAUCGGAAGCCGCUGCAUCAUACGAACAGCUUCACCGGAGAGAGACUUCCCACUUACGGAGUGGAAACACCUUACGAGGAAGACCUGGGCAAAGUCCUACUGGAUAUUGACAAAUGGGGAGUAGAUAUCUUCCGCAUAGGUGAUUUGAGCAAUGGAAGACCUCUAACUUGUGUAGCAUGGACAACUUUUACAUCCCGUGACCUUCUGACUACGCUUAAAAUACCUCCAAAAACGUUUAUCACAUUUAUGAUGACUCUUGAGGACCUCUAUAUCAAAGAUAAUCCGUUCCAUAAUUCUUUACAUGCAGCAGAUGUCACACAAGGAACCCACGUUCUGUUGAACACCCCAGCUUUGGAGUCAGUUUUUACGCCAUUGGAAAUAACAGCCGCCCUAUUCGCGGCGUGUAUACAUGACGUUGAUCAUCCAGGUUUGACGAAUCAAUUCCUGGUCAACUCAGGCAGUGAACUGGCCUUGAUGUAUAAUGAUGAAUCAGUGCUGGAGAACCACCAUCUGGCUGUAGCGUUCAAGUUGCUGCAAAACGAAGGCUGCGACAUAUUCUGCAACAUGACCAAAAAACAGAGACAGACCUUACGUAAGAUGGUUAUCGACAUGGUGCUGAGCACAGACAUGUCCAAGCACAUGAGUCUGCUGGCGGAUUUGAAGACGACGGUUGAGACCAAAAAGGUCGCUGGAUCCGGGGUAUUGUUGCUGGACAACUACACGGACCGUAUUCAAGUAUUAGAAAAUCUAGUCCAUUGUGCUGACCUGAGUAAUCCAACAAAACCAUUGCCGUUAUAUAAACAGUGGGUCGAAAGACUCAUGGAGGAAUUCUUUCAACAGGGUGAUAGAGAAAGAGAAGCCAAAAUGGAUAUUAGUCCUAUGUGUGACAGACACUCGGCAACAAUAGAAAAAUCUCAGGUUGGUUUCAUAGAUUAUAUAGUUCAUCCACUCUGGGAAACUUGGGCUGAUCUGGUUCAUCCAGAUGCCCAACGAAUAUUAGAUACUUUAGAAGAGAACAGGGAUUGGUAUCAAACAGCCAUACCACCUAGUCCACCUGCUGACGAUAUCGGUGAUGGACAGAGGCCAGGAAUCAGGUUUCAGGUGACUUUGGAAGAAGGUGAAGGUGAAGGCGAAGCCGAAGCAUCUGCAGCCUCGGAAGCUCCAAUGUGACGGAGGCUGGCCGGCCUCUGCAAAAAGCUCACCGAGAAGGUGCAGCAGUGGUGGCGCGUCAAGUAGGAAGCGCUGGCCGUCCCUGCUGACGUGCCACCUUGGCCGCGCAGGCGCGGACUAACCCAAAACUUUACUAAUACAUAUAGCAUCGCUUGACUGAAUCUCUAAGCCGUGGUUGAAACGGUUAAUUACAAUCACCAAAAACACUGAAGGCAUCUUUUGAGGUGGAGAUCUAUCUUUAGUCGACUUCAUACUUGAUAGUCGAAAAAACUGAGCUUCUCUUGUGAUGUAUCGCUAUUAAGGAAUUGAAAUAAACAGUUUAUGAAAAAUUCACGGACAGUAUUAAUGAAGGGUCUACAAACUGAUGUACCUAAUCUGUAGGUUGAUGUCUUAAUUCUUGAAAACGUGUUUUAAUGAAAGCAUUUCAUUUCUCAUUUUUCUUAUUGAGAAGCCAAAACUGCUUAUUAGACAAAAUUGUCUUUCACAAAAUUUUACUCAUUUUAAAUAGAUACAAAUAAAUAUCGACUUAUUUACAUGUGCUGUGACCGAUUUGUGCGCUAGAAUCCAUGAAUAAUUAUGCUUUUAAUGAAAGCUUUAAAAUGUCAUAUAUGUGUCAGUCAAAUUACUGCAAAUUUUUGUAGACCCUUUCGAUUUGAAUAUUUCAUAUGGAUGGCGAUACCUUCUUCAUAUAAAAAUCGAUUCAAACAAUUGUGGCCUCAUUUCAUAUCCUUAUUGCCUUAUGUUAUUUAUUCUUCUCUGUCUUUCCCUGAAUAAAUAUUCUCCUUCCCCAUUUUAUUUCGAAUUUUACAUCCAUCUUGUAAAUAUAAUCAUCAUUUUUGUCUGUCAAUGUAAUACUCGGAGCCCAUGUAUGUAUAGUUGUUACUACAAAUACGUGUCAUGUCAGCUAUAAUUACACAAAGUAAAGCUCUCUCCAUUUUUGGAAGUCUUUGAUUUUAACCUAGUUAUAGAAAAACUAUAUUUCAAGAUAUAAUUGAAAUUUGUUAAUCAGUUCAGUCCCAAGACUUCGCAAUUAGUUUUGUUGGUGAAUAAUUGAAAAUAUUUUUUCUAUAUUUCAUUGUUAAUUUAUGUUGAUAUUUUGAAUUUGCCUUCACUGUGAUUUAAUUGAUUUAUAAGAUUGUUUUUUUGUCUUAUUUCUGGAGUUUUAUUAUAAUUACCUCUUUCA